AUGGUGGAGAGGUGUCAGCUGAAAGUAUAUGGGCUGAAAAAUAGAUGUCAUCCAGAAAUUUAUCCUUUAGUGUUAACUAGCAAGACCCAGGAGAUAUUUAACUGCAGAAUAGAUGAAGAUGUCACAGAUGAACAACCUUAUAAACUUAUCAGAAAAGAAGAUAUUUUUGCAGACUUUGAAAACAGAGCUGCAGUAUCUGAUUUCUACCCAGUCAAAAAAAUUAUUCAGGAAUAUCCUGGAGAUGAGCUUCUCCUUGUUUACGACAAAGACUUCAAAUAUGGACUUAACUUUUAUUUUAUUGGAACUGAAGAGGGCAAGGAAAACUAUUUAAAUCCUCCAGAAGUUCCAGAAGAGCAAGAAGAAUAUAAAGAGCAUAUUCCUGAAGACAUACAUAUUUAUAAGCCACCUAUCUCUAAACCAUGGGUUUCUCUGGGCAGUGAAAAAGAAAUUGAGGAAGAAUCAGUUAAAGAAUCCACAAAAGAGAUUACAUAUAUGAUUUCUCGAAAACGAAGUGAAUUUGGUGCCCCAGUUAAGUUCAGUGACCAGAAUGCUUCCAGCGUAAAAGAUGCCUAUAUUGAAUGUACAGCCUACCCAGAUAAAAAGUUUACCCUUAAGCAACUUGAGAGAGAUGUUGGCAUGCAAGUAGUCCCCAAAAUCAAGGACACAAGUACUCAGACAAGAUGGACAUAUCCCAAAAAUGCUACUACGCAAUAUUAUCCAAGAGAAUUUUCGGAAGAAGAAAAAGACGCACUGGGACAAUCAAAGACUUUGACUGAGUUUCUUAACAAUGUGUCUAUAAGUGUUGAAAUAGCCCUGCAGCAAAAUGAAAUCAUGAAUACAUUUAUUAAUGACUGGAAAAGCCUGGCAGAAGAAGAAGGCACCUUUGGGGACAAGACUGAUACCCACCUGAAAGAGUACCAGUCCUUUACUUACAUGCAUAACCUAACAGAGAAGAUGAUCACCUGUGUCUCCUGGCAUCCGAUCAUCUAUGGGCUAAUAGCUGUGUCAGUGGCUGUACGACUCUCCUUUGAAGAGAGGGUCCAAUUUUCUGGUAAACUGUUGCUGCAACCAUCACUGAUUCUUUUCUGGAGUUUCUCCGAUCCCAUACAGCCUCAGUUAAUGCUGGAAAGCCCAGAUGACAUCUUCUGCUUCCAGUUCUGUCCAAGUGACCCUAAUAUCAUUGCUGGAGGGUGCAUAAACGGGCAGAUUGUCAUGUGGGAUAUUACCGCACAUGCAGAUCGAAUAGAAAACAUCAAGGCAGGUGGUAGUAGAAGUAAAAACGUCACACUCAAGCCUAUGUUUCUCCUUGAACCAGAGACUAAUACAGAAGCAAUGUAUAUCAGACACUGUGCAGUCUCCUCAAUAGAAAAUGGACAUAGGAAAGUUAUUACAGAUAUACAUUGGCUGCCUGACACAUUUGAGAUUAACAGAUUGGGAUCUGUCUUUGAAAAUCGAAGUGGAAUAUCCUGUCAACUUGUCACUUGUUCAGCAGACUGCACAAUAUGUUUUUGGGAUAUCAGACCUCAGAAAGCCUUAACCCCUCAACCACCACCAGAGAAAAAGAAAGAAGAAAGUAUUGAAGUUCCUUUUGAUGUACCAUCCACUUUUUUGCAUCUAAAUCUCUCCUGGAAACCUCUUUCUAAGAUAAGGCUGUCUAAAGGUGAAACAGCUUUAGACCACUGCCCAACCAAGUUAAGCCUGAGUGAAGACAGUCUUCUUUACAAAGCACAAGGUGAAGUGAUAUACACAGAUUGGAAAAUGGAGAAAGACCCUGAAACUGGCCGAUUUAUGACAAAGAAGCCCUUGAGCCUCUACACAGUCCAUGAUGGAGGUGUUCACACCAUUCAGAGAUCACCUUUUUACAAGGACAUUAUCCUCACUGUUGGGGGUUGGAACGUGGCCAUCUGGAAAGAAGGUAUUAUGACUGGACCCCUCCUUCAGUCAUCCUGUGCACCAAAAAGGUACACCUCAGGGCACUGGUCCCUGACAAGGCCUGGAGUCUUUUACAUUGGCCGAGAAGAUGGAUACAUCGAUAUCUGGGACCUUCUGGAGAAAACCCACGAACCAGUCCAGUCACAAAACAUCUGUAUAACUAUGAUCACAUACAUCAAACCCUGGACCUUUUCUGCUAAGCAGCAAUUUAUAGCCAUAGCUGAUUAUUAUGGAACACUGCAUAUAUUGGAAAUUCCUUGGACACUAAGUCGCCCUUCCACCAAUGAGGUAUCUAGGAUAAGCUACUACUUUGAAAGAGAAGUCAAGCAUCUAGAAUAUGUAGAACAGCGCAAAAAAAUUCGGGAAGAAGAAAAGAAAGAAAUGGAAAUGGAGAAGAAAAAAGUUGAAACGUAUCAGAAGUCAAAAGAACAAUUGGAAGCCAAAUUGAAAAUGGACUAUGAGAGUUAUUUGGAACUGGAAAAGGACAUCCUCAUCAAUCUUGGUCUAAUCAAAGUGGAAGAGACAAUGUCAAACAAGGAAAUGAUAUAGAAAAGCUUUCUGUAGGGGUGUUUUGAGGGCUUUGUGGGGCUUUUCUUUACUCAUCAUUUUUUAUGUAAGGUGAACUAGCAAAACUAAACGUGAAAAAGGUUUACUUAUGCAUAUCAAGC